AUGGAGCUGCUGAGGAAAUGGCUGGGCCACCCCGAGGACAUCUACAACCUGCUGCGGUUCAAGAUGGGCGGCUACCGGGCCGUCAUGCCGCGGAUCGACCCGGACUCGCUGGGACGAGGCCUCCGCACCUGCUACCGCUACCUCAACCAGACCAGCCGCAGCUUCGCCGCCGUCAUCCAGGCCCUGGACGGAGAGCUGCGACAUGCCGUCUGUAUAUUCUACCUAGUUCUCCGUGCCCUGGAUACUAUAGAGGAUGACAUGACCAUCAGCUUAGAUGUAAAGGUCCCGAUGCUGCACGAGUUUCACUCCUAUCUCUAUCAGCCAGAGUGGAAAUACAUGGAGAGCAAGGAGAAGGACCGGCAGGUGCUCGAGGACUUCCCAACGAUCUCCAUGGAGUUCAGGAACCUGUCAAAGGUCUACCAGGACGUGAUUUCAGAUAUCUGCCACAAGAUGGGCGUCGGGAUGGCGGAGUUCUUGGAGAAGAAGGUGGACUCCCAGCAUGAGUGGGAUAGGUAUUGUCACUACGUUGCUGGGCUCGUGGGGAUCGGCCUUUCCCGUCUCUUCUCUGCAUCAGAGCUAGAAGAUCCUAUUGUUGGGCAAGACACGGAGCUGGCGAACUCCAUGGGCCUUUUCCUGCAGAAAACCAACAUCAUCCGUGACUAUCUGGAGGACCAGCUGGAGGGAAGGGAGUUCUGGCCUAGGGAGGUUUGGAGCAGAUACGCAAAGAAGCUCUCAGAUCUUGCCAAACCAGAGAACAUCGAUAUGGCUGUCCAGUGUCUGAAUGAGCUCAUCACCAAUGCCCUCCACCAUGUCCCUGAUGUCCUCACAUACUUAUCCCGCCUGAAAAACCAAAGUGUCUUCAACUUCUGCGCUAUCCCCCAGGUGAUGGCUAUUGCCACAUUGGCUGCCUGCUAUAACAACAAGCAAGUGUUCAGGGGAGUCGUGAAGAUCCGGAAGGGACAAGCCGUCACUCUAAUGAUGGAUGCCACAAACAUACAAGCUGUCAAAGCCAUCAUGUACCAGUAUGUGGAAGAGAUCUACCAGAAGAUCCCAAGCACGGACCCAUCAUCCAACAAGACGCAGCAGGUCAUUGCCUCCAUCCGUGCCAUGAGCUUGCCCGGUGGCCCCAUGGCAUCACGCCACCACUACUCCCCCAUCUACCUGUCGUGCGCCAUGCUCCUGGCCGCCCUGAGCUGGCAGUACCUGAGCACCAUCUCCAAGGCCACCGAGGAGUACGUCCAGGCGGGCGAGAACUGAUGGGCAGCGGGCGGGCGGGAGGAGAGAUGGUCGGUGGAUGGGCAGCGGAGGCAGGAUUCCCCUGCCAGAGGGGAUGGCCAGGCACCGGGGUGCUACGGGGCCUGGGAUGGUGACGAGGGCAGGACGCCGGUGAGCUGCAGCCCCGGGGUGAUGGUGCAGCAUUGCCAGACUCCGCUCCUCACCGCCCUUGGCCAUCUGCUUGGAUGGUUACAAACAUUAAUUGGAGUCUUACUGUUUGGGGUUGAAUUUUUUUUUUCCCUUCUUUCCUGUUGGAUGGUUUACCUGAAAUUUUUUUUUUUUUGUUAGGAUGGUUUUAAAUAGAAACUCUCGUUGCCUCUUUUCUUGCUUGACAUUUGAGACUCCUUUCCAGCUCAGAGCUGAGCAAAACCUUCUGGGUUUUGCUUCCCUUCCUUAGGCAGCCUCUGGUGCCUGCUCCGCACUGGAAGGACGCUGCUUCAGCCAGGAGAGGAACGCGCUUCCUAUCCAGGGAAAAAGCACUGGCCACCUUCUGGCCCUCAGCCCAUGCCCAUUGACAUCCUGCAGCCUGGAAGGAGGCAGAGGCAACCUUCACAUUUCUGUUGUUGUGCUGAAGGAGGCUGCUAUGCUUGAAACAAGCCCUUUUAAUGUUAAAUAAUGUUGGAGGUGGGAUGCUCUGUCCACUGUAAGUGCCCCCAGCUGAAAGCCAUCUAUUGCAGCUCCCUGCCCUCGAGCAGAUGGCACCCUGCACUUGCAAAGCUUCGUGUUUAGGCAGCUGGGGGGGUGGUUAAAAUGAGAAGGGAGCUGCCUGCAUGCCCUGAGCUAAUAACCCCGUGCCUGACUCCACUGCGGGGUCUGGGCUCUGCACCAUUCCUCCAGCCCAAGGGGCUGGGUGGCCGGGGCAGAGCAGCACCAUCAGGUGCCUCUGCAAGGCAGGGGAGCGAGGGUUUGCACCGUGCUGUCCCUCAUGGGAUGCUUUUUUGGGGGGCUUGGUGCAUCAGCCACCCUGAAAGGCAGCAGUGAUCCCUGCCACAGGCUGGGAAGGCUUGAGCCAUGGAGGGGGGGCCGGGGCAGGUUUCCCUGGCCCCCUUGGCGCUAGCUGGGGAUGCUUUGGGUUAGACUGAUGUGCAAACUGGAAGAGGCAUCCACUGCUGUUUUGAAACACGUCAGGCUGGACUUACUUCAAGAAGAAACACUGCUUUAAAGACUAGUCCUGUUUUCCUGGGGUGGAUUUUUGUUUUCAUGGUCCCUAUCACCCCUAAAUGCUGCUUUGCCUUUGUGAAGGGAAGGACAGCCCCUGUCCUGGUGCAGGACAGAGCUCAAUCUACCAGGCGCAGUUCGGUGGCCUUUGCAAGGCCAAGCCUGUGUGGCCAGGCUGUUACUCAGAGGGAGAACCCCUACUCCACAAGUACCGAUGUAGAUAGAUAGUUUUAAGCUGUUGUUCAAAAGAAAGUUGC